UAAAUUUUUCCUUUGCUCACGACAAAUUGCUCAAGUGAGACAGAGACUCAGUGUGGUGUUGUAUCAAUAUUUAAAACGUUAUGGAUCAACUAAGAAGUGAAUUCCACGAAGCAUUUUUGCAAUUAAGUCGAAAGUUUAAUCAGCAACUGCGAAACCAAUCGGAUCAAAUCGAACGACAACAAGGCGAACUAAACCAUCAAUGUGAUAUUAUCAAAGAGUUGUCAUGGCAAAUACGCGAUCUACGAGAUUCCGUACGAAAAUGUAACGACCAAAUAUCAUGGCAACAAUCGAAGAAUUGCAUUGAUUGUGCAAAGAAUCGCAUGACACUUAAUAUUCCAACAACGAAUGUCACCAAGCGAUGGGAACACGUAGCAGAAUUUAUUGCUUCCGAAUCAACGGUGCCAUAUAAAACCAUAAUGAUAAAGCAAGUGAUGAUAGCGAUUGUUUUGACAUCGCUUCUGGUCGGGAAUUCGUGGGAUGCUGAAGCACGUGAACGAGCCACAGUCGUGCGACAAGAGAAAAUUGUCGACUUCGCCGCACACAGCGAACCAAAAGUGCGCGAAAAACGAUUCAUCAAUCCGUUUACCAGUUUGUUCAAUGUUUGGAAUGCUAUAACACAUAUAUACUCGCUGUAUGCCGAACAAAAAAACGAAACAUAUUUUGCAUUGGAGCAAACGUAUGAUAUCGUUGCUGACGGCUUCAACGACACUUAUAUGGCCACUAAACGGCCUACGACGACGACAACAGGAUCACCAGACUCAGAACCAACCACUACCACACAACGAUACCGCAUCACAAGAAAGGAGUUUGGCUACAUUUUGGGCCGAAAUUUACGAGGACUUAAGAAACUGUACAACAUUGAAAUAAAUGAUGCAUUGAAUCAAUCGAAAUAUAACAUUGACGAGUACAAGCGGGAAAAAGCCUGGGCGCUUUAUCCGUACACCAUUAAGAAAUUCCCACCGCCGAAAAAUAACACUUCCAAUUAACUCUUGCCCCGCUUCUUCGAAUAUGGUGUACAAAUCAUUUCUAGAGCUAUGAAUGACUGCAUACUAUUGUGUAUUGUUGCCCACUCGUUAUAAUUCAAAUGGAAUUAUUUUUAUUUUUACUUUUACCAACCACCUAGUUUAAACCGCAUCGAACAGAUUUGCUUUUACUGUGAUAUAGUUUGUAGCAUUCAAUAUUAGUAAAGUCGAUGGAAAUAUGUCAAAUUUUCUUAAUUGAAUAAAAUAAAAAUAAAAUAAAAUUUAUCAGA